UGAUGCCCGAGGCUCCGUCCAAGGUCAUGGCCCCCAAGAAGGGCUCGAAGAAGGCGGCCUCCAAGACGCGCCGGAAGGAGGAGCGCAAGCGCAGGAAGGCCCGGAAGCAGACGGACGGCAUCUACGUGUACAAGGUGCUGAAGCAGGUCCACCCGGACACCGGCAUCUCGUCCCGGGCCAUGAACGUCAUCAACUCCUUCAUCACCGACGUCUUCGACCGCAUCGCCUGCGAGUGCUCCCGCCUGAUCCAGUACAACAAGCGGCAGACCAUCUCCUCUUUUAAGAGCCGUUCACGUCGUCCGGUAGAGAGGGCUGUCGAACGGGAAUGA